AAAAAUGCUACGCAAAUGGCGCCUGCGGCCAAGCUGGCUGAAAAUGUCAGCAGCAGCAGAAAGCCAGCGCGCCGUCACCGCCGCGGCCACGACAACGACGCCGUGCUUGAAAUGGCCCGCUUCUACGUGUUGCUUCAGCUGUUCGUAGCACCGCUAACCGUGCUGGCAUUGGAUCUAACCGGCGGUCUUUCGGCAGAGGAGUGCCUCGCGCGUGGAUUUAGGAAACCCGACCUGAUAUGCUCGUCGUGUAGGAGUUUGCCAAAUUUUGACCUCGACUUUCUUAAAGAAGACUGCAACAAAUGCUGUGUGCAAACCGAGGAGCGGGUCACUGCAAAGAAGUAUGCCCGUGCUGUGCUGGAAGUAUGCGCAUGCAAGUUUGGACAUAUGCCUCAGAUUGAAGCAUUUUGCCGUGGACCCAAGCCAAAGCAGUUUCCCAACCUGACCAUCAAGUACCUUAGAGGUGCCGAUCCAAUCAUCAAGCUCUAUGAUGAGAGUGGAGAAGUGCAAGAAGAGCUCAGCAUUAAGAAGUGGGACACGGACACAAUCGAGGAAUUUCUGUUUGAGCACUUAGCUCCGUGACAUGGCUUGGGAGGCUCCGAGAGAUUUUUCUGUAGAUAGUCACGAGGGGUGUUCAAAUGGCGCUAACAGUUGAACCAUGAAUUCCUUUUGUAGGAUACCUUUUUAAUGCUGCUUUUGCAGUAAGUGCCGACAGGUUUUUAGGGCACAUGUUGCUUCAAAAUUUUUCUGAACUGUUUUUAUGGCUUGUGCUUGCAGUCUUGUGUUUAGCUCCUUCAUAUGCAAGAAAGUCUAUGGGCAUAUUUGAAGGAAUGGAGAAAAAAAAAAGCCCUAGAGGCUCAGUUAUUAGAUAUAUACAAACAUGUACAGUUUUGGAUGGCAAGUUUUAACUUCUGUGUUAAUACAACUUUUGAAAAUCCUUUUUUUGAACAUUAACUUGCUAUUGCAUUGUGUUAGGACUGGGACUGUUUUUUAUGAGCAAUGUAUUUAACGAUGUUGAGAGUAAGCUUUAUACAUUGUAAUUGUUUCAUUUACCAAUGCUUCAUUGUUGAAAACAUUGCUUUUUCUUCACCGGUAAAUAAACCGUUCUGCGCAAAGUACAAA